CAAGAGAUCCCUGCAUUUCCCACCGCCCGCCCCUCCCCCGCUGGAACCACAGCAUCGCAGCAAUGGAUGGAUGACACCUUCUAUCUAUCUAUCUAUCUUUGAUUCUGAAAGAUAUCCGGUAUCGUGAAUGUAUUGUGUCUGAGUACCUAUCAAGUUUUAAGCUUCCAGUUUGUAUGAAUAAUAUCGCCACUUCCAUGACAGGCCACACCCUUAGUUUCAUGAGCUGAAAGACCCCGGACCUGUCACACUUUUAAAGGAAGGUUACAGGACCUUUCGUCAUAAAAGCGGUUUCCUUCGGCAUGCUUUUUGCGGGACUGUCCAAGGAUGCUGGGCCCACGUGAGGUGUUGUGAGCGUCUUGGGACUAUCUGACUUGCACUUAGAGGUAUAGUGUCGUUCGGUGGAAUUGCAUGAUUGCAACGGCAACACCUUCCGAAGCGGAGGUAGUGUAGGUUUGGGAGGGUGAAGGUAGGGAGAGGCAGGGUGAGGCGGGUUUAUAUAUAUUCCCCUCUUUUUUCUCUGCGAUUGUUUUCUUUGUUUUCCCAUUGCCUUCUUCUGCUUGGGAUCUACAUAUAUUAGUACCAAUUGGCCAUCCAAGGUUUUGUUGGAAUUUCAUAAAGGUGGCGUAGUUUUGACAACACUUUGUUUGUUCUUACACCGCUGAUUUAAUCUCCUCCCAGCGGGCAAACUUACCUUCUUACCUACUACUUUGUCUGUCUGUCUGUCUUCCCAUCUACCGUCAUAUCUUGCCUACCUUUGAACAACCGCCAAUUCAACAACCAAUUCACCCAACCCCCAAUACCACGAACAAUUCCAACCAUGGCCCCUCACGCCUCCUCCUCCUCCUCCUCCUCCUCCACCACCACCACCAAACCAACCGACCCCUACCACGCCUCCUCCACCACAACAGCCAUCACAACAGAAAACACCUACGCAGCCCACAACUACUCCCCCCUCCCAAUCGUCUUCGCCCGCGCCUCGGGCUGCCACGUCUGGGACCCCGAAGGGCGCCACUACCUCGACUUCCUCUCCGCCUACAGCGCCGUCAACCAAGGCCACUGCCACCCCGCCCUCGUCAAGGCCCUCACCGACCAAGCCGCCCGCCUCACCCUCUCCUCCCGCGCCUUCCACAACGACGUCUUUCCCCAGUGGGCCAAGAAGGUCAGGGACGUGUUUGGGUACGAGAUGGUCCUGCCCAUGAACACGGGCGCCGAGGCGGUCGAGACGGCCAUCAAACUGGCAAGAAAAUGGGCGUACAAGGUCAAGGGGGUGGAGCAAGGGAAGGCGAGGGUGUGGAGUGUGGAUGGGAACUUUCACGGGAGGACGAUGGUGGCGGUGAGUCUGAGUGUUGAUCCGGAGAGUAGGGAUAAUCAUGGGCCGUAUGUGCCGCUCAUUGGGGCGAGACACCCGAGCACGGGGAAGGCGAUUAGGUAUGGGAGUGUGGAGGAUGUGGAGGAGAUACUUGGGGAGUUCGGGAAGGAGACGGCGGCGUUUAUUAUUGAGCCCAUUCAGGGUGAGGCCGGGGUGGUGGUGCCGGAGGAUGGAUAUCUCAAAAGAGUUCAGGAGCUGUGCAGGGAGUAUAAUGUGCUUUUGAUUUGCGACGAGAUCCAGACGGGGAUUGCGAGGACGGGAAGGAUGCUGUGCAGCGAGUGGGAUGGGAUCAAGCCGGAUGUGGUGACGUUGGGGAAGGCGAUCAGCGGGGGGAUGUACCCUGUCAGUUGUGUUUUGAGCUCGAAGGAGAUUAUGGGGGUUAUUGAGCCUGGCACUCACGGGAGCACGUACGGUGGAAACCCGCUUGGGUGCGCGGUUAGUAUCAAGGCUUUGGAGCUGGUCGAAGAGGAAGGCUUGGUCGACAAGGCCCAGAAGCUGGGUGAGAUUUUCAGGAGCGAGAUCAGAGGGUUCAACAGCAAGAUUGUGGAGCUGGUGAGGGGGAGGGGGUUGUUGAACGCGGUGGUGAUUGAUGAGAGCGAGACGAAUGGGAGGACGGCGUGGGAUUUGUGCAUGUUGUUGAAGGAGAAGGGUGUUUUGGCCAAACCGACCCACGGCAACAUCAUUCGCUUCGCACCACCGCUGGUCAUCACCGAAGAUGAACUCAGAAGCGCCCUCAAGACCAUCAAGGAGGCGCUGGAGGAGUUGCCAAAUGCCACCAAGCACGAGGCGCACUGAUUAUCAUAUCAGCGCACCAUGAUCAUGAGUCACUCGCCGCUCACCACCACCACAGACAUCGCUUUUCAGAAAAAUCCGGGGAAGGAUCUUGCGGGGGGGGGAACCGGGGACGGCCCGAAGGAAGACCACCCGAUUUGCUGGGGCAAAAUGCAGGCAGGUGAAGAAGUCAGGGGGGAACCGGAAUAUGUUCCCCGGGAUCAUGACACAUCUUUUUUUCAAUGGGGUUUCCUUUUUGGAUGUUUUGAUACCACUACAAGCAUUAUUUAGAUUGGGUAAAACAGCAGAGUUUGGCUCUUAUGGUAGUAUAUGCAUGGAAAUGAUACCGAGAUGUUUGCAUCAAGGAGAUUGGACUGGGCCGGGCCGGGCUGGGCUGGGCUAGACUUGACAUGAAGUCCAGAGGGGGUUUGAUUGGAUGGAUGGAUAUUUGGGCAGAGAAGUACCAGAAUAAUACCAAGUCCCUGCCUAGUAGGAUCA